UCCCCGGCUCCGCGGCUCGGUGCAGCCCGCACGGCCCUCGCCCUCGGACCCGCCCCCGGGGGUCGCCCGGCCCCAUGCCCUGCAGCGGCGGCGGAGCAACGCGCGGCCGCGGGCGGCUCUAAAGAGCCCGGAGGGAGCCGGCGACGAGGGGACCAUGUACCGGGACCCGGAGGCGGCCAGCCCAGGGGCGCCCACCCGCGAUGUCCUGCUGGUCUCUGCCAUCAUCACCGUCAGCCUUAGCGUCACUGUCGUCCUCUGCGGCCUCUGCCACUGGUGUCAGCGCAAACUGGGCAAACGCUACAAGAACUCCUUGGAGACGGUGGGCACGCCAGACUCAGGGCGUGGGCGCAGUGAGAAGAAGGCCAUCAAUGAUCUAGACAGAGACUUUUGGAAUAACAAUGAGAGCACAGUGCAACAGAAAUGGAGCUCCUAUCCUCCCAAGGAGUUUAUUCUAAACAUUUCACCCUACGCCCCUUAUGGCGACCCACGACUGUCCCUCAAUGGCACCCUCCUGGCGGGCGCCAAAGUGGCCGCCGCAGCGGGGCUGGCGGUGGAGCGGGAAGGCCGGCUGGGGGAGAAGCCGGCAGCGGCGCCGCCACCCGGAGAGGACGCCUUGAGAAGCGGCGGGGCUGCCCCCAGCGAGCCGGGCAGCGGUGGCAAGGCGGCGGGGAGAGGCCGCUGGCGGACGGUGCAGAGCCACCUGGCCGCCGGGAAGCUCAACUUGUCCAAUUUCGAGGACUCCACCCUGUCCACGGCCACUACCCUUGAAUCUAUCCCCAGCUCCACGGGAGAGCCGAAAUGCCAGCGACCCCGCACCCUGACGCGGCAGCAGAGCCUGCAGCAGCCGCUGAGCCAGCACCAGCGGGGCCGGCAGCCCAGCCAGCCCACCACCAGCCAGAGCCUGGGCCAGCUGCAGGCCCACGCGGCCUCAGUGCCCGGCCCCAACCCCCGGGCCCACGGCCGGGGCCAGGCACGGCAGGGCUCCUCGGCCGGCUCCAAGUACCGGCCGGCCGGCGGCCGCAGCCGGUCCAACCCAGGCAGCUGGGACCACGUGGUGGGGCAGAUUCGAAACCGAGGCUUGGACAUGAAAUCCUUCCUGGAAGGCCGGAUGGUGGUGCUAUCCUUGGUCUUAGGGCUUUCGGAACAGGAUGACUUUGCCAAUAUCCCUGACCUGCAAAACCCAGGAACCCAGCAGAACCAGAACGCUCAGGGGGACAAGAGGUUGCCUGCAGGAGGGAAGGCGGUGAACACAGCCCCAGUGCCCGGCCAGACGCCCCACGAUGAGUCUGACCGCCGGACCGAGCCUCGUUCCUCCGUCUCAGACCUCGUCAACUCCCUCACCAGUGAGAUGCUCAUGCUCUCCCCAGGCUCCGAGGAGGACGAGGCCCACGAGGGCUGUAGCCGGGAGAACCUGGGCCGGAUCCAGUUCAGCGUCGGCUACAACUUCCAGGAGUCCACGCUCACCGUGAAGAUCAUGAAGGCCCAGGAGCUGCCGGCCAAGGACUUCAGCGGCACCAGCGACCCCUUCGUCAAGAUCUACCUGCUGCCAGACAAGAAGCACAAGCUGGAGACCAAGGUGAAGCGGAAGAACCUGAAUCCCCACUGGAACGAGACCUUCCUCUUUGAAGGUUUCCCCUACGAGAAAGUGGUGCAGAGGGUCCUCUACCUCCAGGUCCUGGACUAUGACCGCUUCAGCCGCAACGACCCCAUCGGGGAGGUGUCCAUCCCCCUCAACAAGGUGGACCUGACCCAGAUGCAGACCUUCUGGAAGGAUCUGAAGCCAUGCAGCGAUGGGAGUGGGAGCCGAGGCGAGCUGCUCCUGUCUCUCUGCUACAACCCCUCUGCCAACUCCAUCAUCGUGAACAUCAUCAAAGCCCGGAACCUCAAAGCCAUGGACAUCGGGGGCACGUCAGACCCCUACGUGAAGGUGUGGCUGAUGUACAAGGACAAGCGGGUGGAGAAGAAGAAGACAGUGACGAUGAAGAGGAACCUUAACCCCAUCUUCAAUGAGUCCUUUGCCUUCGACAUCCCUACGGAGAAGCUGAGAGAGACGACCAUCAUUAUCACUGUCAUGGACAAGGACAAGCUCAGCCGCAACGACGUCAUUGGCAAGAUCUACCUGUCCUGGAAGAGUGGGCCCGGGGAAGUGAAGCACUGGAAGGACAUGAUUGCCCGGCCCCGGCAGCCUGUGGCCCAGUGGCACCAGCUGAAGGCCUGAUUGGGGCCAAGGGAGCCCCAGGGGGCUGAGGGCCGGGUCCCCAUCACGCCCUCACCACUUUAUGCACAAGGCCCGGCCUGGCCCCCCCGACCACGGGUGAGGGAAGGAUCCCGAGGGCUCGGCCAGGGAGAGGUCCCAGGAACCAGUCGGGCCCUGCUUCUAGGGAGCACCAGCCCCAUUCCCCACCGGUCCAGCUCUGGGGGAGGGGCUCUGGGAGCCAUUUGCCUGCUUUGCCCCUUUCCUUCCUGACUUGCUGAUACUCAAGAAGCGGGGAGGUGAGCUUGAGAGCCAGAGGGCAGAUCCCUCCAGAGGCCCGCCAGGUGGGCACGGUCCCCCGUUUUCUUUAAGGCAGCGCCUAGGAGUGGAGGAAGGCCGCCCCCCGCCCCCGCCCCCAACGUGGGCCCAGGAGAGGGGAUGUCGGAGGCGUUUGGCCCGGCCUGGCCUGACCGAGAGAGAGAGAGAGAGAGAGAGAGAGAGAGAGAGAGAGAGAGAGAGAGAGAGAGAGAGAGAGAGAGAGAGAGAGAGAGAGAGAGAGAGAGAGGGAGGCCUGUUCCAGGGCAGUUUCAGGAGCCGGCUGGGCCCUGAGUGCCGAGGAUAGUAUAUAGCCUGCUCCGGGGGUCCUGGAGCCGCAGCCCUGUGUAUUGUGUUGUGUCCACCGUGCGUGUGUAACGUGUGUGUGCGUGCACGUGUGGGGGUGGCAGCACGCACUCCCUGUGUCCCUGGGGCCCAUGUGCUGAAGAAGAGGCUGAACAGAAGAGGCUGAACGGACGGGGUGGGCUGGAGGCUUGAGAAGUCAAGGCACAGAGCUGGGGGUGGGAGAGGAGAGGCAGGUGAGGGGGUGGGGUGAGGCAGGGAUGGAGGGAAAGUCGGGUGGGGAAGAGGGGCAGAGAGGAGCUAGGCUGAGACCUGGGCUCUGUCCUUCUCCUCCCACCUCCCCAUGCUCUCCACCAGGUCUCUCCCCAGCAGCGUCAUCUCUUGAGCAUCAGUGUUUGCCUUUUAGGCACCACUGUGCAUAUCACAUUCCACCUCUGCUCCUUUCUGUCUCAGGGGUCCCAAGCCCCCAUUAGCUCUCUUCCCUAACAUCCUCAUCCAAAGACACCCUCCCUGUUCCCAGGUGUCACAUCCCAGCCACACUGGCAGCACUCACCACGCCUUCCUGCUUCCUUCCCCUUCCUCCUGUCUGCCGACCUCCCUGCCACACACAUUCUCCCUCUCUUCCAUCCCACCCCACGCCCCCAUCCCCAUUCGGAGACCUUCCUUUUCAUUCCAUCGUGGUCUCUGUCCUUGCAUCACUUGAGCAGCUCACCUUUCCCACCGCCCCUGGUCCCAUAGUUCAGGCGAAGGAAGCAGAGAGCAUUCCCGGAUCCUGUGAGUUUUGAGGUUGCCCUCCUCCCCCACAAAGAAGCUGUGGUUUCCCUGCCUCCGCGGCUGCAGAGACUAGAACUAGCAUCUCUACGGAGAGGGAAGAUUUCAAGAUGAUCCCUGCUUAAGCCCCCUCAUCCCCACGUGGGUCCCGGUGUUGAUACAAGACAGCUGGCGACCGCUUUCGAAUCCCGGGGUCCUCGCCCUUGCGCCUGGCAUUCCCGGAAGACGCCGCCAGGUGGCGCCAGCACACCACAGUCUGUGGACGAGGCCUGGGACCACGGCUCUACCCCCAAAUGGGUGACGCCCCAGGAAAGGAGACUGGAAAAGGUCCCCCACUUUGCACGGCAAAAGCAUGGGCAGUUGGGAACCAUGUUCCUUAAGCAGACUUCCCUUUGAGCUGAGCGUUCUGAUCACAUUUUUGCCCAUAUCAAAAUUUCUUACAUAGACUGACGCCUUCGCCCCUACACCUGACCCUAAGGAUCUGGAGGAAUAUCAUACAAAGUAAGUGAAUCAUUUUGUAGAGUGAAGAGUGCUAACGUAAAGCAAGUAGUCACCCACAUUCCUUGUAAAUCCCAAUUUUUCUAUAUUGUAGCUUUGCUUAAAAUGGGGAUCUGCCCUCAUAGCACGGCCCUUAUCGGGCAGGCCGGGGAACCAACCCCCAGGGGGGAGGGAGGGCAGCGGCUCCGGAGACAGUGGAAGCGAAGAAAGGUUGCUGUUGGAAGCUCUGAGAAGCGGAAGGGCUCUGCCAGCCUCCAUCCUGCCCUCAAAUCCUGUGCCCCUCCACCCCGAGGCCGGUGGGACAGCAAGCCCCGCUCCAGGUCCCCUUGCCUGCUACAGAGCUCUCGGGAACUGGACCAACUAGCACUGAGUGGGCGGGGCAACUGCUUCCCCGUUUUCCGAGCCCCGCCCACGAAGCUCUUAGCCAAUCACAUGCAGAGAGCCUUACCUGGCCCUGCCUAUUCCAAACCUGACCGCACCCAGGCGCAGCGAUGAACCCCGCGUGGGGUUCUCCAACCCCCGACGUGCAGCCUGAGCUCUGGGACGCGGGGGAGCGGUGGCAAGCGGCGGGCCAAGGGCAAGGUGGGCUAGCAAGGGAAGAGGCGGGUGGUAUGGGUGAGGGCGGGGGGAGGUCUAAGGUUUUAGGGAACAGAGAAAGGGGGAACUUGGGGGUGGAGGAAGGGCACGGCCCUGUUGCCAUCCCAGGACCUUGGACAGAUCACCCACACUCCCGGGGCCUCAUUUUCCCCAUCUGUAAAAUGAUGGUAAUAAUACUUCACCUACCUCAUGGGGGAGGUUGUAAGGCCGCCGUCACCUGACCUGGGGGUGGAGGCUGGAGGAUUCUGAAGGUGCUACCCGCGAGCAAAGUAUUAUUACCGAAGCCUGAAGGCAAGGCCCGCCUGCCCCUCCCCCCACAGAGCCUCCGGGGAUAGCUGAGGCCGGCCUGGGCCCACCUAUCUCUUCUCCACUGUGUCCCUGCACCCUUCUUGAGCGUCAUCCACCAUCUUUGUGGGCACCCUAGAGUUAGUCGUUAACUUGUUCAGGUAUCCUUUCUUGUGACCAUCACCCCACAUAACUGCUGUAUAAAUUCCACCUGCCCCAGGACCCCGCACCUGCCCACCGGCGCUAGACGCCAGGGAAGGGACAAGGAAAACAGCCACACAAAAAGCCAAGGGGAGUCCCCAGAGUCCCCAGUCCUGCUGGGGCCCCAGGGGUGGGGAUUGGUGGUUUCUGUUUGUACUGUGUUUGAGUCCUUGAGCGCAAGUGUUUUAUUAAAAAAAAAAAAAAAAAUCUAUGACAAAAACCCACCGUCACAAAAAAAAAAAAAAAAAAUUGCAGCGAAGAGAAAUGAAGAAAAACUGAAGAAAAAAAGAGGGGGGAAAAAAAACCAUACAAAAAUUUUCCACCACAUGCACCCUCUAAGCCAGCAAGAUUUCCUCUUUGCAAAAUCAUAUUUUUGUGGGGAUGGGCCCUGCUUUUUGUGGCAAGGCCCGUUCUGAUUAAUAAAGGAUCGUGAAAAAGUAGGGCCUUGGCUGUUUCCUCCGUGGGUCCUAGCCCUCCACUAUCUCCCAGGGGAAGAGGAAGUGGGGGAUGGGGAUGGAUAGCCUGGGGCCAAGUCUCCCCUCACCUGUCACCUUUGGGAUUCAGCUUCACUUGAUGAGGCCCUUCUAGCCUAUCUUCAGGUUGAGAAUAUGAACCCACCAGCUACCCAGAAAUCCAGGAAGCAGCCAUACCCCCUGGAUCAUGCCUAAAGCAAAGCUUAUUGGGAGUGGAGUCUCCUUAGGGCUUACAGGGUGCCCCUCUAGUUCACCCAGCCCGACACGCCCUCGCCACAGUUCCCAGGGGACCCUCACCACCCUCCAAGGCAGGUGAGACAAACCAAAGGGAGACCCUUCACCUUUCCCACCACCAACGUGAACUCUGACAGGGCCACUGUCGUUUCAGGCCAGUGUGUCCUCUCUGUUCCCUGUGGAGUUCUAGGCUGUUGGCUGGACCUGAGCCUUCUCUCCAACCCUUUUCUGGUUUCAUCCUUUAGAAUUAGAAAAGUCUCAACUCGGUCCCUGCCUGAGGACCUAGGAAGCUGGGCCCCGGUAGACACAGAGGCCCCGGGGCAAGCUGUUUCCUUCCGCAGUUCCCUCCAUCCACAGAAGAGCAAUAAGAAUUCUUGCCCUUUCUUCCUUCCCUCUUGCACACAGCCCGGGGGAAACCGAGGCUUGGCAGCUCUCCCGGUGCUUUCAGAAGGGAAGCGCUACACCUGUUACGGGCGCACAGGAAAGGAGAGCCCUCCACUGUUGUGCGUCCACAUGCUGGCCCCUGUCCACCCCUGUUAGAGGGGCCACCUUGCCUCUUGCUCCCCCGUACCUGGGGCUGGCAGCUUUCUCCUCACUCUGCGCUAAGUACUCCCACCUGAAGCUGCCCGCCCUCUCCCCUUCUGCCCCAUACUGACGAUAUGGUUUAAAUGUCUCUGGUUCAGAGGUUGCAGGGAGCCCUAGGGCCAGGUAAGUAAGCCUCACAAGCAGUUCUUGCCAGGACUUCUGCUCGAUCUGGAAAUCUAGGCUAAAAAGCAGGACAGCUCGGCCUGGCAGAGGUGACAGCCCCUUGCCGUGGGCUCCAAGCCUCUCUCCUCCUGCACUUCUGUCUUUCUCCUGCCUUCACUUCGUGGGGUUUCUCUUCAUCCCUGCCUGCAGAGGCUCCCCCAUCCUUCCCUGUGCCUGGGACCACUGCCCUCUGGUCUCUCUCCUGCCAGUCCCUCUUGGAUGCCGCUGCUUUCUGGAAGGCCAUCUCAGGCCACGUUCUGCUCGCCUCUCCCUCCCCCACAAAGACAACCAGAAGGACGCGGGUUGAACGUGCUGUAUGCCCCAGCCGUGGCUCCCCUGACCUGUCUCCCCUGAAGACGCCCCGCUCCCUGUGUCUGUGUCCUGUGUGUACAAGUUGUGCCACCUUUAGACUGUGAGCCCCACCCCCGGGCAGGGACCCCUGUCUGAAUACAUGUUCUGCGUGGCACACUCAGGUGUGCUAAUAAAUGUCCUUUCUGAGAA